AUGCGUCAAUAUGCAACCAGACCAUCAUCUGCCAUGACUCUAAUGAUACAAGAUCUAUUGGACCAACGUGUACUACAAAUUGCUCACAAAAAAUCGCCCAGUUUUAUCUCCAAGCUCUUCCUGCGAAAGAAAAACGAUGGAUCGAUGCGUCCGAUCUUCGACCUUCGCGAAUUAAACAAAUUUGUGAAACCAAAACAAUUUCGUCUGAUCUCUCAUGCAUCAGUUCCGAGUUUUCUACAACCAGGAGAUUGGAUGAUAAAACUAGAUAUUUCUCAGGCUUACUUUCACAUUCCGGCUGCAAAAUCUCAUCGACCUUUUUUGAGAAUAAGCUACAAAAACCAAUUGUAUCAGAUGACAUGUCUACCUUUUGGUCUGGCUUCAGCACCUCACCUUUUCUCUUCUGUAACAUGUUGGGUUGCGGAAACCCUCCGUGCGAAGGGAUGUCGAGUGCUAGUGUACCUAGACGACUUCCUUCUGGUCCACCAAGACCAAUCCAAGUUAUGUCUUCAGGCUGCGGAAGCCGUGAGGCACUUGGAACAUUUGGGCUGGCAAAUAAAUUAUCAGAAAUCGAUUUUGACACCCACGCAAGACCUAGAAUACCUGGGUAUUCGAUGGCAGACCAUAGCAAAUUCAAUGUCCUUGCCUACGAGAAGGAUAAAUAUUCUCAACGAGGCCUUAAAAGACUCAUUACUGAAGAGUCGGAUCAGUCUCCGCGAGUUGCAACGGUUGCUGGGGCAAUUAAAUUUCGCCAACUUUGUGAUUCCCAGGGGCCGACUUCAUUGCCGCAACAUCCAAAUAUUCCUGCGACAUUUCGACAGGAACCGCCCUCGACUAAAACUGUUCAUUCCACAAGUCGUGGAACAGGAAAUGAUAUGGUGGUGCAGAGCCACAAAUCUCUGGUCUCCUAUACAUCUAAAACCUGCCACCCAUUUCCUAGCCACGGAUGCCUCAGAUUGGGGUUGGGGUGCCCAAUUAGACGGGAAAUUAAUGUCAGGAGCCUGGUCAGCUCAGCAAAAAGCAUGGCACAGCAACAAAAAGGAGCUCUUUGCAGUUAUAAUGGCAAUCACAAGCAACACAAGGAGCCUGCGAAGAUCCCACGUCUUAGUUCAAUCAGACAACCGAACGCUCAUAGCAUACAUUCGGAAGGAGGGGGGAACGAGAUCACUCUCUUUACUGACUCUAACAUUCGAUCUCCUAAACAUAACAGACAAGUUUCAGAUUACACUAUCUGCUCAUUACCUUCCAGGACGAUACAACAUAAUCGCGGACAAGCUGUCUCGAGGAAAACCGCCCGCAGAGUGGCACCUUCUUCCUCAGGCUACACGGGAGGUCUUUAUAAGAUGGGGGCGACCCGAGAUCGACCUGUUCGCGACAAAACAGACUGCCGUAGUAAAGAACUACGUCUCAAUAGACUGCAAAGAUCGAUCAGCAAACUAUAUAGAUGCCUUCAGCAGACCAUGGGGACACCAAUUAGCGUGGGUGUUUCCUCCUCCAAAUCUAUUGCCAAAAGUACUAACACAUUUGAACAGUGCGACUGGGGUAUACCUGAUAGUAGCGCCCGAAUGGCCUCGAGCUUUUUGGCUUCAAGACCUGAAAUCCAGGGCACUAGAUCACCCACACGAAUUACAGAACCUGAACGAGACCCUGAUAGAUGCCACGACGUCACAGGUUCCGCCUCAAGUGCAGACAUUGACCCUGAAAGUCUGGAAAAUUGGGGGUGGGGUAGCCAAAUAA